AUGUCUUCCCCAGCUCCAUUGCUGCGUCCGCCAAUUCCGGGCAACCGACAAAACGGUGGCCCCAAAGCUCCCAGGCUCGGUCUUGCCAUCCCACCUUCACCAAAUGCCAAACCUGCUCACCCCCCGCCACUCUCCCUGCAGAUGCCGAGCCAAGCGCCUUCGAGACCAUCUCUGCCUAGAUUGCAGUUAGCCACGCCGAUGGGAAGCAACCAAACUCCCUACGAGCAAGCGGGUCUACAGAACGGGCGUCCAACUCUACAAACCAACGCCAAUCAGUCCGCGAGUGGAGGGAGCGAGAGUAGUGCUGCACAUUCACGGUCUGGCAGCUUUGGUCCUUUGGAUGGAAGGGUGAGCGGGCCAACGUCUGCUGGUUCACAAUAUUCAGCGUUGUCUUUCGCCUCGCAGUAUGGACUGCGGCAACCACAGGGGACACCAGAUCCUGCAUCUGCUGUGGGAUCUAUGUACUCUGAACGGAGUGAGGCUGGUGGUGUUGGAAUGGAGCGAGAUGGUAGUAUGAACGGUCUCGAAGCAUUCGACAAACUCAGCCUAGAGAGAGGCAGGACGUUGGACGUGGAAGAACUGGACGACGAAGGGUGGAAAGUAGCAAGCAUGGAGAAACGGAUUGAAGAGUUAGGCAGCUUAGGAGAAGGUGCCGGUGGAGCCGUGACACGAUGCAUGCUGAAAGGCGGGAAGACCGUGUUUGCGCUUAAGAUAAUCACCACGAACCCUGACCCAGAUGUCAAGAAGCAGAUUCUCCGAGAACUGGGGUUCAAUAAGAACUGCGCCAGUGAGCAUAUCUGCCGAUAUUACGGCGCUUUCGUGGAGCCAUCCACAGCCACCAUCAGCAUCGCCAUGGAGUUCUGCGAGGGAGGAUCCUUGGACUCCAUCUACCGAGAAGUCAAGAAACUCGGUGGCCGAACAGGGGAGAAAGUCCUUGGGAAAGUCGCCGAGGGAGUAUUGAAUGGCUUGACCUAUCUCCACAGCAAGAAGAUCAUCCACCGAGACAUCAAGCCCAGCAACAUCCUGCUGUGCCGAAACGGCCAAGUUAAGCUCUGUGAUUUCGGGGUCAGCGGUGAGUUCGGAACCAAAGGGGACGCAAAUACCUUUAUCGGGACGUCGUACUACAUGGCUCCCGAACGGAUCACCGGGCAGUCGUACACCAUCACAUCCGACGUGUGGAGUACCGGCGUCACCCUUCUCGAAGUCGCGCAGCAUCGAUUCCCCUUCCCUGCCGACGGCACAGAGAUGCAACCCCGGGCCGGCCUGAUCGACCUCUUAACUUAUAUUGUGCGCCAACCGAUCCCGAAACUGAAAGACGAGCCCGAAGCAGGCAUUAAAUGGAGUGAUAACUUCAAGUAUUUUAUUGAGUGUUGUCUGGAGAAGGAGCCCUCUCGCCGUGCUUCGCCCUGGCGCAUGCUCGAACACCCCUGGAUGGUCGAGAUGCGCGCGAAGCGCGUCAACAUGGCGCACUUCCUGGCUACCGUCUGGGGCUGGGACGAAACUUCCAAGGCGUGA